AUGAUACGCCCGACGAAUAGAGUCGGGCAACAGCCAGUUGUAUGGCUUUUGUUCAUAUUACGUUUACGUAAAUGUAUUAAACUACGAUAUUUAUUAAUAAUAUUUUUGUUCUUUAUUAUUGUUAUUUAUUUACGUCUUAACAAUCAUGUACCGUCUAAUCAACAAAUACCUAAUAAAUUUAAAUCUAUUAAUAAUGAUAGAAAAAUUUCUUAUUAUGAAGCAAAUGAUAAUUAUCAUCUUUCAGAUAAAUGUAAUUUUGAUGCAACAGAAACUUUACUUCGAUAUAAAUCCUUAAAAGAUUCAAAUAAUGAUACUGGUGAUAAUCGUCCAAAACCAACAGUUGAACGUUUACAUAAAAUUUUUUCAAUACUUAUUUCUCAUGAAGAAAAAUAUCGUAAAGUAUUUGAAUAUCUUGGUAUAUUUCAUUUUACUGAUUUAUACAAUACUCUACGUCCAUUUGCAAAUAAUACAAAACGUUUACAUGAAAUUUAUUGUCUUUUUCAACGUUAUAUAACUGUAUCAGAUAAUGGUCAUAUUGAUAUCACACCACAUUUUAUUUAUUAUUUAAAACAAGUAUCUAAUUAUCUAUCAGAUGGUUUUACCAGUGAACAUCCAAUAUGGAAUAACACAAUAAUAAAAAAUCUACAAAAACCGGUUAUUAUUCUUGCAGCUAAUACACGUUUUUAUGAUACAUUACAAGCAUCGAUGCGUACAGUUAAUCAAUAUUUCUAUAAUUAUAGUGUUGCUAUAUAUGAUCUUGGUUUUGAUCAAAAUCAAUUAAAUAUGAUUAAAAGAAAUUGUGAACGAUGCAUAAUCAUUCCAUUUCCAUUUACUGAAAUCGAAUCAGUCGCUCCUCAUAUUCGAAGUUUACCAAAUUUUGCUUGGAAACCUAUUGUAGUUCAAGAUGCAGUACAACGUUUUGGUACAAUAAUUUAUGGUGAUACAUCAGUUCGUUAUUUAACAUCAAAUUUUGAUCGUAUAAUAAUCGAUAAUUUAAUACGUGGAUUUUCAUGUCGUGAAUUACCUGGACAUUAUUUAUCAUGUUUUACUUUAUCCGGAACAUUUUCAUGGUUUAAUGAAACAUCUUUUACAUUCGAUGAUAUUUAUAUAGCUGAAGCAGGUUUUGUUGCUGUUACUGAUAAUUUUCUUUCACGUCUUGUACUUAAAACAUGGGUUACAUGUGCACUUGAUUCAAAUUGUAUAUCACCAUCAAGUUCUCGAACAGAAUGUAAACGUAUGAGUGGAAUAACAGGUACACAUCGUUUUGAUCAAUCAGCUAUGGUUGCUACAUUAUCAUUUUAUUUUUUUCAAAGUUCACGUCAAUAUGAUAAAACUGAUCCAGCACCUUAUGAUAUGUUUUCAUCUAUACAACAAAAAGUAGCUGAAGUUCGACGUUUUGAAGGUGAACAUAAUUAUUUUACACCAGGAAAAUAUCGUAAUGAUGAACAGAACAGUUCAACAACAACCACAACAACAAUAAAAAUACUAUAA